GAACGUUGUAAACAACAUUGUAUACAACGGGAAGCAUCGUGUGGGACCCGCAUUACCAGCGGCAGCAUUGUCGUUACGUUACUUCAGAGUGCAUCUGUUUAUGUUUAUAUGUUUUGUAAGUGCACGUGUAUCUUGGUAAAUAUGUAUUAUAUAGUGCGAUUUUUUGUAGUUUUGUGACUUGUAUUAGUUAUACAUACUUUAUAUACCCUGUGUGGUUGAUUAAAUUGAUAAAAAUGCGGUGUGCUGUUGUGGGUUGUAAUUCCGACAACCAAUCUAAACGGAAUCCUUGCAAAAAUAUUAAGUUCCACAGUUUUCCUCAAGACCCAAACCUUAGCAAAAAAUGGCUGCAUCUUACAAAAAGAAAAGACAAAGUCAAUAUAAAAAGCGCUAGGGUUUGCUCGAAGCACUUUUGUGAAAGUGCGUAUAAGAUCAAUUUGAAACAUACCCUUUUGGGUUACACCCCUAAAAGCUAUCGAGCUCUAAAAGAUGAUGCCAUUCCUACGGAAAAUUUACCCAAGCCUCUAUCAUCACCUGGACGUUCUACAUCUGUUGCUGUGGAAAAGCAGAAAAGUGCUUAUGAAAAAAGGCAAAGGACUCAACUUAUUAGAGACAUAACCAAAGACAGGAUUCAAACUAAUGAAAAAAAUGAAGGAUUGGAUAAUCUCAAACAUAAAUUGUUACUUGUAACAAGGGAGAAUGAGAACCUAAAAAGCCAGAUUAUGGGGGUCAAAAAAGUAUUCAGUGAAAAUCAAAUAAAAAAAUUGGAGAAUCAUAAAAGAAUAACUUGGUCAGUGAGUGAAAUUUCAAAUGCUAUAUCCAUGUAUGCUGCUGGCCCUAGAGCAUACAGGCUCAGUCUAAAGAGGGGUUUCCCAUAUCCAGCAGUUUCUACACUGAAGCAAUGGCUACGAAAAAUAAAGCUAGACCCAGGGAUCUUAAAAAAUGCUAUAAAAAUUACAGAGUUUGUUGAUAUGACUGAAAAUGAUCGUGUAUGUACUAUUGUAUUUGAUGAAAUGAAAGUUAGAACAGAGUACCUGUAUGACCAAACAAAAGACUGUAUAAUGAAACCUUAUGAUUAUGUUCAAGUUGUUUUAAUUAGGGGAAUCUUUAAAUCAUGGAUGCAGCCAGUUUUUUAUAAUUUUGACUGUAAAAUGACAUCGGACAUUCUAAUGGGCAUUAUUAAGUUUGUGGAGGAAUCUGGAUUCCAUGUUGUUGCCAUGGUGUCAGAUUUGGGUGCAAAUAGGGGGCUUCACAAUGAAUUGAAUGUCUCAAAUACCAAACCGUACUUCACAAAUCCUAGCAAUAAUGAAAAAAUUUUUGUGAUGGCUGACAUACCUCAGCUUCUAAAACUGAUCAGAAAUAAUUUUGUGGCCCAUGGCUUUUUAAUUAACAAUAAGCCAAUUAAAAAGGAAAUUGUGGAGCAGACCAUAAAUGCAACAUCAGGUUCAGAUUUAAAAAUAACAAUUGACCAGUUGAAUGUUACUGGUCCUCAAAGGCAAAGAGUAAAAUAUGCUGCUAAAUUGUUCUCACAUACCAUGUCAAGUGCAAUAUCCAGAUGUGGAACACUGGGCAUUUUAACAGCAGAAAAUUGGGUGGAAUGUGCAGAAUUUUUCAAAUUGGUAAAUGAUUGGUUUGAUGUAUUCAAUAUUAGCAUUCCAGAAACUGAUUUCCACACACUUAAUAAAGGCUAUGGCUUAGCUCUUGAGGAACAAAAUACAAUCUUGAAUAAAAUGACUGAAGCAAUCACUGAACUGAAGGUGAUUGGCAGUCGAAUCAGUUUGCCAUUCCAAAAGGGUAUCCUACUUUCUAAUUCGGCUCUAAAAAUGCUCCUAGAGGAUCUGAAACGACGCUUCAGCAUCCAAUACCUGUUAACAAGACGCCUUAAUCAAGAUGUGAUAGAAAACUUUUUUGGAGUAAUUAGGGCAAAAGGUGGUCUUCAUGGCCAUCCAAGUCCACUAGAGUUUAAGUAUAGAAUAAGGUCAUAUAUUUUGGGGCGAAACAAAGGCGCUUAUUCAGAGUAUUGCAUCGUGAACUUAGAUGAUACUCCAGACAUUUCACUAACCGCAUCAUUAACAAAUAAACUGAAUGCACCUGAAGUAUCAGCUGACUAUAACGAGGAGGUUUUAGUGGAAGAAAUAGAUAAGCUCAAGUAUGAUGGGCUGGACUAUUUGGCCAGCUUUGUUUGCCAAAAAUUGCAGGAUGAGAGCUUGAAAAGUUCCUCAAAUGAAACUUAUUCCUGGAUAGACCAUCUUAGUGAGAGUGGAUUAUCAAAACCAUCCACAGCUUUCAUGAAUCAAAUUAGGAAGCUGGACAAGGUGUUUACUACAUUUAAUGGGGACAGAAUAGUGACAGAAAAGCAAAAUUUUUUAGGCAAACUUCUGUUGAAGAGUAGCAACAUUGACUGCCCUGAAAGAGCUAAAAAACUAUUUUUCAGGUCAAAGAUGUUCUUCCGGAUCAAAGAACUGAAUAACAGUUUGAAAAAUCGUAAAUGGAAAUGGAGAAAAAUUGUUGCUUAGACUAAGUCAUUUCCAUAUAUUGUUAUACCGCCAGCUUACUGCAAAAAGAAGAUAACUCCAUUUUUCUACUUUUCGAGUUGCGUACAUUUUCACACUUACAUGUACUUAGGAUGUUCUGUGAAAUAAGGUUAAAUGUGGUGCAGUAUUAACGUCAUGAGCACGUUAAUCCUGCUCCACAACAUACUUAAAUAUAGUUAAUGUAGAAAAACGGAGUUAUCUUGUUUUUACAGUAAAGUGAAGAUAUGCUCUAUUGUGGAUCUAGACAGCAGUUUAAGCUAUAUCUUGUGAAAUAAGAAUUACAUGGUUGAAAUCUUCUAUUUAAAUCCGUCAUUUUAUUUUCUAUAAAAUUUUUCAUGUAGUUUGUGUCACUCGCACCGCUGAGACGAAUCCAGCGAUAUCUCAUAUGUCGAAAUCUAUCAAGCUGUUUGAGCUGCAGCCUAUGAAAUAAGAAUCACAAGGUUGAAAUCUUUUAUUAAAAUCUACCAUUUUAUUUUGUAUAAAAUUUUAAUGUAGCCAGUGUCACUUGCACCACUAAGACGAAUCCAACGACAACUCAUACGAGUAUGUGUCCGUCCAGCCGUUUGGCCUGUAGGUGAAACUAUGCACGUUAUCCAUAUCACCCCAAAUGAGAAUCAAAUCACUCUUCGCGUGACGUCAUGCGCGCCGGCGGACGAAAAUCAUGUAGGGCACCUGGGCAGGCAGGAGUGAGCCUGCUACUGAAGUGUCCCCAGCUAGGAGCGAAAUCCGAGGCAUUACUUUGGCUUUGAGGGAAAUUAAAGAGAUCGGGGGUGUACGCAGAUUAAUUUUCUUGGAAACUCCAUUUGAUUUCUCAGCUUGGGGAGCACCCAUCAAGCCGGGGCUCGUGCUCCUUGUAGACAUAGGGUGAAGAUAGAGUAGAUCAAUAGAAAUAUUGGAAACUGGUAGUCACCCCAAUAUAUAGAAAGGGCGGUCCUUCAACCAUUGCUAACUAUAGACCAAUUACUGUACCUCCUUGCUUCUUGAAAAUCUUCGAGUAUUUCUUUCUGAACAUUCUUGGGCAGAAAAUGUAUUCUUUCCAAGAAACAUGACUUUAGCGGGUGGAAAACCAACAAUAACUGGAAUUCACUCUUUUUUUCAGGCAAUAAUUUGAGCCGAUGAGGCAGGCGAGUGCCCCUGUUGAGAUAUUUUGCGAUCUUGCGUUUGAUUUUGUCAAUCACAACAUUUUGCUCAAUAAACUCAGCCAGAUCGGAGUAUCUGAAUCAAGUUAUAGUUGGUUAGAGUCGUUCCUCAGGGUGUCGAAAGCAAUAUGAAUCUAUGCCACAAAAAUAAUACAAUUGUGCAAGUGAAAUCCUUAUCAAUAACUGUCAAUGUGGGUGUGCUACAAGGAUCCAUCUUAGGACCAAUUUUAUUUAGAAUCUAUAGUGAUGAUAUAGACAAAUUUUCUGAUGAAGCAAAGUUCACUUUGUAUGCAGAUGACACGUCUGUAUUACUGUAUGAUGUCUGUGAUGUAAGUGUAAUAGUUUGUAGAUUGUUUUAGAUGAGUAGAUGAGUGGUACUCGAGGCACCACAUGUAUCUCAAUUGGGAUAAAACUUCAGCAUUAAGGUUCCACAUUGUUCAAAAAAAGCUCAAUCUCUUAAAUAUUAAAAUUAAAGAUACAAGAAUAGAAUAGAUUAGAGUACCAAGUUCUUAGGGAUUCACUUUGACGACAACCUUGGUUUCAGAAUACACGGACUUUUUAGUUUCAAGACUAAAUGCACAGUCAUUUUAUCAUAAAAAAUUUGAGAACUAUUCUAAGUGGGCAUCAAUUAAUAACACUGUACAAGUGUUAAGCUCACGCUGAGUCUAGAUUGAGAUACGGUCUGUGCUUCUGGGGUUGCUUAUCAUCUGCUCAGUAUGUCAGAAGCAGGUUUUAAGGUGUCUGGCUGGUGUAGACUCUAGGCAUAGCUGCAGAGACCUACUUAAGAAAUAUCUUAUACUGACCCUACCCUCAUUAUUUAUUUUCGAGACGGCCAUAUGCACCUUCUCAAACCUUUCAAAUAACCAAAUUCAUGGAGUCAACACUAGACAAUGCACCCGUCUGCAUAUACCGUUCGCGAGGUAUAAUUCUAAAAAGUCACCAAAUGUGUUAAGUUCUAGAAUUUUUGAUAGGCUUCCCGAAGAUAUUAAGUCCAUUAUCAGCUUUAAAAAACGCUUGAAAGAUUAUUUACUUGACAAAUGAUAUUAUGCCAUCAAUUACUUUAUUAGCUUAUAGGUAUAUUUAUUUAAUUUUGACUAAUCCAAUACAUGUAAAUACUUUUAUGUCAAGAUGGAUAAUAAGGAUUAUUAUUAUUAUCAUCAUCGGUAUAUCCCACGAGAAAACAAUCUGAGCCCACGUGCAAUUUACCUUCAAAAUAUUUUUUUUUUAUAAUUGGUCAUUCGUUAUUUUUGACAUUGUCAGUGAUGAGGCAAUGAGGGUAUCAUAAUCAUUGCAAACAAAAAAAUAAACACAGAAUUUAUUGCCAUUUCUGUAAUCACUAUAUUAUUACUAUAACAGCAGGUACAGAACUGACAUAUUAAAAGGGGGUAUUCAGAAUAUAUAACAAGUUCUCUUAAAAAAUCACAAAUCAUGUUUUAUUUCACACACCUAUAUCUUUAAAACAGCCACUAAGAUUUUUAUAACAAAGCAAGAUAUCUGUAUGAAUGUUCCAAGAUUCAGAUGAACAUCAUGUAGUCAUUUAUUGUAUACAUAUAGAGCAAAUGUUUAUUUCUAUCUUCAAUUGCACCAUCCAUAAAUAUAAAUUACUAUAACAUAAAAGAGUAUCCAAUGAGAAACACGACCUACGCAUAUUAGUAGAUAAACGGCCUCACACAGAUCGAAACAUUUUGUUUCUCAACACUGCAAAACUUUUCAUUGUAUCGCAUGCAAAGCCAAAACAUUGGCAACUUUUCGACGUCAAUCAUCUGAAUUACGAAUCUAUAACACGACCUGUCGGAUCGUGUCCUUCGGAUUAAAGUUGUGUGGGAUAAGUUCAGCGAUAAAACCUCCUCUAGUGUAAUACUCAAUUUUCGGUGGUACCUCUACUUUUAAUAGCUGGAUGAACUUCUUUAGAUAAUGAUCACUCAUCCAUUACUCGAUAAAUCACAAAAAUGCUGUUCAAUUACAACUGGAAGAUGGUGUAUAGAAAAGUUUUUCUGACCCAAAAACGUUUGGACCUCUUUCGGGGAAGCCACAGCAGAACAAACAAAACAAAUCGCCUUGAAACAAAAUAUUUCGAACUGUGUGCGGUCGUCCUACAACACUGUCAUUUUGUUUUGGAAUUUUGAAUCAAAAC